AGUCUGACAUGACUCAGUUGUUGGACUAUUACCACUGACCCUUCCAUGCUGAAACAGAAAAUAUCGUAUGCUGACCAUCAUUGUUGGCUGUAAGGAAUAUCAAGCUGACAGAAAAGCAUGACGGGUGCUUUAAAGGUUUUCCUCCUUCUACUUCAAGGUAGCUUAUGCUUGGAGUGGGAAAUCACCAUGCCUCUGAGAAUAGAUGGACUAACUGGAUCCUGUGUGAAGGUCCCCUGCACUUUCGACUUCGACUCGCAGUUUGAUGGAGAUCUGGAUCAUACCUGCAAAGCAAUUUGGAUCAGAGGAAGCACGGGGGGAACAUUUGUGUUUGAUUCCAGCCUCACUGGAGAUCAGGCAAGCGGAAACAUUCUGCAAGGAAACCUCACAGGGAACCUGCAGAACAAGAAGUGCACCACCAUCUUCUACAACAUGCAACCGUCCCAUUCUGACUACUACUACUACUUCAGGAUUCAGUGUGAUCACAGGCUGAAGGCCACCUAUCCGACAGGAGUCCGUAUCACCACUCAAAAUUCACUGGACCAACCUACCAUAACUCCAUCUACACUGGAGGUAGAAGAGGGGGCUCUGGUGACGUUGAGCUGCACGGCUGUAGCUCCAUGUCCCAUCCUUCCCCCAGGUCUGACUUGGACCCCCAGGAUAGGUAACAUUGAGGAGAAACAUGAAUCUGAAUCCAUGGUCUCUGUUAUGAACUUCACCUCUUCUUACCUCCACAAUGGACAGAACUUUUCGUGCACCGCUCUCUACAAACGACAAGCUGGCAACACCGACCUUCGGUUGGAAAAGUUUAUGACCCUCCAUGUUCUUUUUCCUCCCAAGGAAACUACAAUAAUCAUUGAACCUAAAGGUCCACUUUUGGAGGGCAGCUCUGUUUCCCUGCUUUGUAAUAGCCGGGCCAACCCACCUGUGACCAACUACACCUGGUACAAAGGUGAUGAAGAAGAAAAGGAGGCUGGAUCAAGUUUGGUUUUAAACAAUGUCAAACCAAGCAGCAGUGGUGACUACUACUGUGUAGCAGAAAAUGAGCAUGGGGACCAAAAUUCAACACUGAUUCGGCUGGACAUUCAGUAUCUCCCUAAGAACACCUCGGUGUCUGUUGACCCCUCUGGUCCGGUGCAGGACGGCAGCUCUGUAACUCUGACCUGCACAAGCAUCGCCAAUCCAGCAGCAGUGAACUUCACCUGGUUCAGAGCGGCUGGAAGAGAGGAGAAGGUGAUGGGCUCUGAGAGAGACCUCACCUUCAAUGUGACCAAACUCUCAGAAGAUCAGUAUUACUGUGAAGCUCUGAAUGUCCACGGACCUGGCACCUCAGAGCGUGUCAGCUUUGACGUCACAUUUCCUCCAGAGAUCCUGUCUUCUUCCCGUUGCAUCAAGAUUUCAUCCAUGAUUCGAUGUUCCUGCUACAGCCAGGGGAACCCGCCUCCCUCCCUGGUUUGGAAGUUGGCCGGAGAGCCUGUCAAUCACUCUGCUGCCAUCCCAAUCAGGGAAGAGUCCCUGGGGAACGUGGGCAUGAAGAGCAUCAUCACCCUGUACGAUCUGGACGAAGACACGCUCUCUCUAGUCUGCCUCAGCAUCAACUCACUGGGUUCUGACAGUUUUGCGUUUUCGCUUAGCAAAAUUGAGCAAGGCCUCCACUCGUUGUCUUUUGGGAUCGGUUUUGUAGUGGCAGCUCUGGGGAUGCUGCUGGUGUGUGUACCGCUGCUGAUAAUCUACUACCGGAAAGGAAAAGUCAUCUCUUCCUCGGACAAGGGAAAGGCGGAGACAUGCAACCCUGUAGUUACUGAUGCGAUCAACUCUUCAAAAGUGGAUGUGAUUUAUGCUAAUAAAGCUUUUCUGGAAGAGAAAGAAGUAGCUGAGGAGGAACUCCAUUACGUCAAUGUGGACUUUGCUAAACUGCAGGCCCAUUCAAAGGGUAAGCCUGGGGAAGGGGAGAUUAGUGGCCUGGACUCAAAGACGGAGUAUGCUGAGAUCCGUCUGCAGUCCAGAGGAAGCAUCGGAGGAGAUGCAGAGGAAGAAGAGAACGUCUCUGACACUCAAUUGGAACAAGAGAAGACACCUUGGUCUCAUAAACCUUGAGGUGAAAUGUUUAUGGCUGACGUUUAAGGGAAAUGGUAGUGAAACACAGCAAUGUGCGCUUCAAACUGCUACAGGACUUCACCAUACAAGCAGAUCCCUGCUGAGAUAAAACUGCAGAAGCGGUAGUAGAAACUGCUCUGCAUGCAACCUAUUUAAAACGUAGUCACACUUGUUGCUUCAAGUUUAGUUCUGGACUUUUGUAACUGUACCCCUUUUUUUGUGUCCAUAAGAUGCAUAGCAAAACAAUAUCACCAUACAAUGAAUACAUACUGUAUAGCAGGUAGUUACCCUGGAAUUUCCUCCUUUGAAAUCAUGACUUUUACUAUAUUUAAUAUUUGAAUGCUAUUUUGUCUUCCUGAUUUUACAUUAAAAACCUUUGCCAAGCGUGAAAGAAGCAGCUGGACAUAGCUUGUCACACUUUAUAGAUUUUGUUUUCUCCAAAAUACAAAAACAAAGACAUUUUGUUGGCAGUUAUACAACAGCGGAAUUCAAAACCCUUCCCUUCAAAGCCGCUGUGCUUGGGUUGGCACUGGUCUCUCCUAGACCUAUUGUACACAUAGCAGUCAAUAGGUACUGUAGUAUAUUCCCCUCAAAGUUGCAGGGUUUAAGGGGAAUGGCUUUUGGGGCUGUUCCCUGGCCUUCACAUAGCAGCCAGUUUCACUAGGUAGUACAUUCCCCUCAAAUCCUGUUUAAGGGGAAUGGCCACGUGGCAGCUUCGCCAGGCCCUCAACUUAUCAGACUAACAUCACCAGCGUCAGGCUCUCAGUUCACACAGUUUUGGGGGAUGGGUAUCCAAUCUCCAUGCAGUGUUGGGGGAUAGUUAUCUAAUCAUCACUCAAUGUUCUAUGUAUAUCUGUGGAGUGAUGAGGCACGAGCCUAGACGCCAAACACAAAUGAUAUGCUUCUUCUAAUAAACAUAUCAAGAAACAAGUGAGUUAUCUGACUGAAAUGGGGAGAAGCCUGCGAGCUAGUUCAGGCAGUCAACUCGACAAUGAUACAUUAACACGUGACGCGCCUCGUCCCUCUUACAACCAACAAAACACAUUCUCCUAAACAUGUCGCUCGAUUUAAGCUGCCAGAUCUGCCUGCCUCUGCCUCGCUAAUGCUGCUGCUGCUACUGCUCGCCUGCCCCAGCUUCCACCUGUAGGCUCGGGAAUAGUUAUCUAUUCAUCACUCAAUUCUCUAUGUAACUCUGUGCAAUGAUGAGGCCCGAGCCUAGACGCCAAACUUAAACUAUAUGUUGCUUCUAAUAAACAUAUCAAGAAACACGCGAGUUGUGUGACUGAAAUAAGAUUAAACAUAACAUAACAAAAUUGCCCCCAAUGCUGUAAUGUAAUAAGCUGGAUAUGACAAAAGCUUUUCUUCUGCUUCUGGGAAAGUAUUGACAGAACUAAAGAGUAGUAAUACAAAAGAAAGCUUAAAAUGAACUAUCUGAUUCUGUACCUGGACCCAUGACUCUGUGGAUAAAGCGUGACACGAGGAGGUGCACU